AAUGUUAGACACUCGCUCUCACUCUCCCACCCUCUCUUAGCUUGCACUAAGAAACUCUUAGAAUCUCUAUUCACUCGGAUACAGAGACUUAAGCGCAUUUAGAAGCAUACCUCAUACAAAGGGGAUUAUCUAGCUUUAAGAAUUUAGAAAAUAUAAGAGGUAUAACCACUCCAUAACAGGGAAAUAUUGUACUCCAUAACGGAGAUAUAAACUAUUUUUCUUUACUUAUUAAACAAAAAAUAAAAGACUCCAGAAGCACUCCAGAUCCAAGAGAUACCACGCCAAGACAAAGUGAUGGAGGAAAGCAGGCCUCACUCUUGUGAGAGUGACACGUCCACACACCUGCAAGGCUCUGGAGAUGCACCGAUGAGUACUAUGAACUUGAUUGCCACUCUAGGGCUCUUGCCUGAAGAUAUGGAUGCCCUGGCCCAGAUGCCAGAGAGUGAGAUAAGUGUGGAGACUUUGCCCGCUCUUAUAAUGCAGCUGAAGGCUAAACGAGCUCAAGAAGAAGCGAGGCAGAGAGAUGUGUCCCCUAAAACAGAGAUUAAGAAAGAGCACGCUGAUUCAAGAGACGAUCGUGGGCCAGAUAAUGAUGAUCACUCCCCCCCCAGGAAAGUGCCCCGCCUUUCAGUGCCGUUCAAGAAACCACACAGCUCAGAUCGACUCUCAGAGAGCGAGACAGAAGCAAGGAUGAACAACCAAACCAAUAACGAGACCCAUAAUGGUACCAACCCUGCUCAGGAAAAUGCAGAGACAGGGGGAGCCAUGAUUCAACCAUUGCAGGCAGCAAGAGUAUCAGACCCUCCAAAGAAGAAAUCCGGCCAAAAGAAAACCCGAAAAGGCAGUAACCAUGAGGAAGCUAGAACAACAGUUGACUUCGUGCCUACAUGGGCAGAAAUGGGGACCCACGAAACAGAGGCGAAAGCAAUAAGCGUUCCCCAGUCUCAUAGGGCAUUAAAGGCAGGAAAAUCAAAACCCCACCAAGACGACUGGUUGCCCGUGACAAUAGAGGAAACCGAGACACGUAUUAUUAGUUUUGGGGGAGAGGAUCAUUCUGACGAAAUGGAAGAUAUGUUAGAUUUAGAUAUGGAACAAGUGCCAUUUUUUUACAAUCCCGAAACCAGGGAGCAGGGAUUGCCUCCCAGAAAUUGGGAAGACCUUCACGACAUAGACCGGCAUGUGAAUGAGAUGAAGGAAACCCUAGAAAGGGAGUUAAUGAAUGGAGCUGUAAACAAAGAAGUAAACCUAGAUCCAGACCUAGAAAUAAUUCGAGCCGUUGUAGAGGCCUAUCCCUCUAAGGAUCGGAAAAUGGACCCCGUGGUGGAAAUGAAACAAGAAGAAAUUCUAGAAUGGGCUAACACACCCCAGUCCACCGAGAUAGUAGGUCCUACUGUUGAAAUGCCCAUUCCCGGGAAAGCUGCUAUAAAAAUCACACAGAGUAAUGAGAUAAAAUCUGAGAGAAAUCUGGAAACGUCCGUGUUAAAUCCCCAAGAUGGUUGGGCUAUAGCGAGAAAAGAAUUACAUGACGGGUUGGAAAAAGAGAGACGGUUGGCUAGGACAGUAGAGCGGUCCUCAGAUAGGGAAAAAGCGGAGGAGAGCAAUGACAGACUGAGGUUCUUCAAACUAGGAAAUAGUAGAUAUAGAGGCCUAUUACAAUCCCGGCCAGAGAGACUGGUCAAUUCCUUUCUGACAAAUCCUCACCAAUGGGUACAAAUCCGCAUGAUAAAGCCAGGAACAAUAAAACCCUCAGACGAUCAUGUGCAGAAACUUGAUUGGGAAACCCUUAUGGAACACAUUGCGGAAUCAAAAUUGCUCAGUAUAUAUGAAAAUCGGGAAAAAUAUAGCAUGGAAGGGAGUAGAAUUCUGGGAAGAAACAAACAGUUCUGUGAUGUUUCCAUAUGGGAAUACGGGGAGCAGGGCAGAUAUAUGUGGGCACAUGUAUAUUGGGGACCCCACAAGAAUGACCAUGUAGAGAUCUUUGAAAAGGUGCCCGGAUCCUAUAAGGAGGCGUUCUAUCUCACUGAUUCCUACCAAGGCCCUUGGGUUGUAUCCUCGACCCGCCAAUGGGAAAGGUCCGACUGCGCCAAUUGGGGAUGCCGACUCAUGACCCAAGGAAAAUAUCGCGAGCCAGGGUUCCAUGACAAGGAGGGGAACUUCAUUCCUGUCUUCUGGAACGCCUAUACUCGCACUUGGACACAGUGAAGAACUAUGUACGUCUCCAGGGUGCAUAGGAGGGUGUUGAAAGACCCUUAAGAAGCCUUUGUUUGUAUGAACCUUGGAGAAAUGAUGAAUGGAAAUACUUCAUAAAUAGAAUGUGUAUUUAGACAGGAUGUGUUAGAAACUGCUUGCAUAUGUGUAUUUAGACAGGAUGUAUUAGAAACUGUUUGCAUAGAAUGUGGUAGAAACGGCUUAAGGCCAUAGUAGCCUACAUGUCAAGGUUAAGUGUAACGUGCACCAAAGUAAAAUCGUAGCCUUUGCAAUCUUGUUUUGUCACAUCGCGAUAUAAUUGCAAAUGAAAUUAAUCGUUCAGCCCUAGUGAAGUGCCUUGCCCAAGGACACGUAAUCGUCGAUUAGUGACCAGAAUCGAACCGGCAACCUUCUGAGUAAUAGCCUGAUUCCCUAACCGCUCAGCCAUCUGACUCCCACACAUCCCUUACCCAAAUAAGGAGAGACGUGUCCAGGUUUCCUGUGCAUAGGAACAGGUGACCAGCAUGGCCCAAAUUAGGAAAGACAUGUCAUAUCAAUUAGGGGGUAUCAAGCAGUAUGAAGCGUAUAAAUAUGAUAUGUAUGUCAAUGUUAAAAAAGCUCUCAAGCUCGCAGCACUCUCUACCUCUCAGCUCUCAGAGCUCUCUCGCGCAUCUCUACCUCAGAAUCUCUAUUCACUCGGAUAUAGAGACUUAGAAGCAUACCCCAUACAAAGGGGAUUAUCUAGUUUUAAGAUUGUUUUUUUAUAUAACCACUCCAUAACGGAGAUAUAAACUGUAUUGUUGUGUUCUAAUCAAAUAAAAAGUUAAAA